UCAAUUAACUAGUAAUAUUUUUAUAGAAAUUGCAUCAAGCAAUAAAAUUCCCACAAAUCUUCCCAUAUUAAAUUAAAUUUUGUUAGUGCUAUAGCUUGUAUAGUCAAGACACACACACACACCUGCUACUUUUUCUUUUUUUCUUCUUCUUCUAUCAUCUUCAGAAAGUGAGCCAGCACAAAAAGCCAGCGCAUAAACUAUCUCAAACAUUCUUUCUUGCACUAGCUAAGAGCAGCUGCAGACAAAUUAAAGAAGGUGAUCUUCUCCCACAUCUCUCUGUCUCUGUCUCUGUCUCUCUUUCUCUUUCUGAAGUCAUCACUUGCUUUUCAUUCCUUUCCUUCUCAAUUUAUGGAUGCUGCUCCAUGGCCACAGGGUUUGCAGGAUUUUAAAUUAGUAAAGCCCAUGGAAGAAAUAUCAUCUAAUGCGUGUACGAGGCCUGUGUUAGAGAGAAAAGCAAGGCCUCAAGAGCAACUGAACUGUCCAAGAUGUAAUUCGACCAAUACCAAGUUUUGUUACUACAACAACUAUAGUCUCACUCAACCAAGAUACUUCUGCAAGACUUGUAGAAGGUACUGGACGGAGGGAGGAUCUCUUAGAAAUGUUCCUGUUGGCGGAGGUUCUAGGAAGAACAAGAGAUCCACAUCGUCAUCUGCUGCAGCAGCUGCAGCGGCGUCGUCAUCACCAUCAUCUGCUUCAUCCAAGCUCCCUGAUCUCAAUCCACCCAGUCUCUCACAGUUUCCAAACCCUAGGACCCAUGAAGGCCAAGAUCUUAAUCUUGCGUUCCCAGCUAUACAGGAAAGUCAAGGUAUAUGUAAUUUUGUCGAAGUACCCAAAACUGAGAACACCAACAACAACAGCAAUCAACAUAACUCUUCAUCUUCUUCCUAUACUUCAUCUUCUCUUUCAGCUUUGGAGCUGCUAAGAACUGGAAUUGCUUCUAGGGGACUGAACUCUUUCAUCCCAACACCGAUGCCAGAUUCAAACACACUGUAUUCUUCUGGGUUCCCGAUGCAAGAAUUCAAGCCAACACUCAGUUUUUCACUUGAGGGCCUGGGUGGUAGAUAUGGAGGACAAGAAAAUGGUGGAAGAAUUUUAUUCCCUUUUGGAGAACCGAAACAGCUACCAAGCGCAACUGAAGUCGAUCAAAAUAAGGGACAAGGGACUCCGUCCGGUGGAUAUUGGAACGGAAUGUUCGGUGGAGGUGGCGGAUCAUGGUAAAGAAAGAAAGAAACAAAGGAGACCAAGAAAACUAGCUACUUUAUCUCCCUUUUUUUUUUCUUUCCACUUUUUCUUCACAUGGUCAGUCACUUGUUGAAAGUUGUUCAGGACUAACAGAUAGAAUUCUUCUCUUUACUGUUUUGAGGAAUGUAAAGAAUAUUGAAACUCAUUUGGUUUGCCUUCAGAAGGGUUUCUUUUACAACACGUAUAAAAAUGGUGUGAAAGGUAGAAGAAGAUGUUAACACAAGUCGGGGUCUUCCCCAUGGCACCAUGGAUUGUAUUCAUAGAUUCUUCUAUCAGGACGGUACUGUAUGCGUUCCCAAAGUUGGCUCUCUGUUUCUUUUUUGUGUGUGCAUUGCAAGACUGAGAUUUCGAGAUUGUUAAUAUCAAAUUUCACUAUAGGCAUUUAACAUUCCCUUCUUGUA